GGUACCCAUCGGGCUGGCGGCAGCCGGUGCGGGGCCCCCUGAUGCGUUCUGACUGGACUAACGACCGCCCUGGGUGGGCACCGAGGGCGGCUAAGGACCACUCAAAGUCGGUUAAUGACUGCCUACUUUUCCUGGGGUGCUGAACUGUGUUUUGGGUGCCUGGAAAGAUGCGAAGUAAGCCCUAACCAGCUCUGCAAGACCUCAGGGUGCUCGAAGAGAUAGGACGGGACCGAAAAACCCUUCAGGGUAGAAAGCUUGCACUGGGUUGGGAAGUGCAGUUCUGGACUUUCGUCGCCAGCCCUGGGUACUGAUGGCUUGGAAACCCUGUGGAGCAGUUCUUCUCUGCCCUAUAGGGUCGCUAUGAGUUGGAAUCGACUCGACAGCAACGGGUUUGGUUUGGUUUUCGUUUUCAGGCCCUCUUACCAAUUAUGCACUCUCCUCCUGUCACCCACGAGCUGUGUCAUGUAGCCUGAUCUUAAGAAUAUAGGUUUCUGGGUUAAACAGACCUACCUGAGUCUCGGCUUCACUUUUUUGACAGCUGUGUGGCCUUGAGCAAGUCACUUAACCUCUCUGAGCCUGAGCAUCUGCCCCUUUAAAUGGGCAUAUUACCUAUUCCAUAUGGUGUUUGCAAAGAUGUUGAUCUUAGCUGAAACCUGUCGUUGCCUGUAAAAGCAAAAUCCGGGAGUGGGAAGCAAGUUUCCAAGGACCUCUUUUGGCUGUGAGAUCCAGUGAUCUCCCACUUGUGGGCUGUUAAAAAUCCAUAAUUGUUUGGAAUCGGAAAUUCCUGUUUUUGUAAAGGGCCGAAUAGUAAAUUUUCGUCUUUGUGGAGCAUAUAAUCUGUAGUAACUACUAAACUCUGCAAAAGCAGCCAUAGACCAUAUGUAAAUGAACGGGCAUGGCCCAUGUUCCAGUAAAACUUUAUUGACAGAAACAAACAGCUGCUCACUUUGGCUGGUGGACUGUAGUUUGUCAACCCCUGGUCUAGGGUUUACGUUUCCAAGACUUGCACUAAUCAUUGGACCCUUUCAACCCUCCUUCCUCUCUCUUCCACCCCAGGAAGAAUAGUUGUUACUCCCUCUUUACACAUAAGGAAACUGAGACCUAGUGAAGCAAUGACUUUCUCAGUUUCAUAGCAGACCUGGUCCAUCCCUGGGCCUCAGGGUAUUGUUAUUUGCCACUUUUGCCAUUUCCUGCCACCAUGUUAAGGUGGAAGCUGUUUCAGUUUCCGAGUAUGCAGUUCAGGAAAUGCUCUGGAUUCCCAGAAAAUUAGAAUAACUAAGUAUAGUGGUUAAGUGCUAUGGCUGCUAACCAAAAGGUCGGCAGUUCACAUCCACCAGCUGCUCCUUGGAAACUAUGGGGCAGUUCUCCUCUGUCGUACAGGGUCACUGUGAGUCAGAAUCGACUUGACGGCAAUGGGUUUUUUUCAGUAUAAAGUAUGAAAUAGCAAAGAAACCGGGAUAGGUAACCUACAGUGUAUUCUCUUAAAACAUUUGAAACAUGAUAUUCUUUGCAGUAAACGUAAAUUAUUUUUACACUCAAAAAACUAUCGAUAAUUUAAAGGAGAAUUAUUUCUAUGUUGGGUGCUGUAGGUAAAAAUAUAUAUAUAUUUUAGUAAAAGAGCUAUUCAUUAUACAACCUUUCUCUUCCUCAUUAUAUGCAUUCACAAACACUGGUAAGUACAAUAAAAUCCAGAAGCAGAAGAAUGGGUUGUCUUAUCUUGCAGUUGCUGAAACAAGGAACGACCUAAAAAGCUUAAAUCCACAAAUGGAAUACAGUGUAACACUGGAAAGGAAUGAGCUUUGUCUGUGUGUAUUGACACGGAAAUGUCACCGCUCCACAGUGCUGAAAAAGCAAAAAAUUACCAAAGAAAUGGAUGACUUUCUACAAGAGUUGAGGCAGAAGAUCAAAAUUGGAGUGGUAGGCGGGUCGGACUUUGAAAAAGUGCAGGAGCAACUGGGAAAUGAUGUGGUUGAAAAAUAUGAUUAUGUGUUUCCAGAAAAUGGCUUGGUAGCAUACAAAGAUGGGAAACUCUUGUGUAAACAGAAUAUUCAAGGUCACCUGGGUGAGGCCCUAAUUCAAGACUUAAUCAACUACUGCCUGAGCUAUAUUGCGAAAAUUAAACUGCCAAAGAAGAGGGGUACUUUCAUUGAAUUCCGAAACGGGAUGUUGAAUGUGUCCCCUAUUGGAAGAAGCUGCAGCCAAGAAGAACGCAUUGAGUUCUACGAACUCGAUAAAAAAGAAAAUAUAAGACAAAAAUUUGUUGCAGACCUGAGGAAAGAGUUUGCAGGAAAAGGCCUCACAUUCUCCAUAGGAGGCCAGAUCAGCUUUGACGUCUUCCCAGACGGAUGGGAUAAGCGGUAUUGCCUCAGACAUGUGGAAAAUGACGGUUAUAACCCCAUCUAUUUCUUUGGAGACAAAACCUUGCCAGGCGGAAAUGACCAUGAGAUCUUUACAGACCCCAGGACCGUGGGCUACACGGUAACGGCGCCCGAGGACACGCACAGGAUCUGCAGGGAGCUCUUCUGCUGACGCGCCCCUCCCUGUGCGGGGCGGGGGGUGGGGGGAACUUCCGGCCCAGCAGCCUGGAGGGCCGUUCGGGGCCAGACCCGGUCCCUCCCUCCCAUGCCACCUCGGUCUCUCCACACUGCUGAAAUCACAUGGAAGAUGUGGGUGGGCUGCAGUAUGGCUCACUGGGGAGGGGAGAUCACACCCCACCUCCAGACACACCGUUCCCUCCCCCAUCAGUGGUGGAAGGCGGCGGGAGGGAGAACAGACUGGUCAAGACUGACGCAAGGGAAUACCUCAAACAAAAGACUAUCUUCCAGCCCAGCCCGAGCACCCGCUGUCACAGGACACGAGACCCUCCCUGUUCCUGGGUCCUGUGGGAACCGCGACAGGCGUUAGUGUUUGGACUCCCCACAUCGGUUCCAAAAGGGGGACUUGGUGGUAAGAGGAAGGACAGGACACUCGGGGGCCAGCCAGUUAAGAACCCUUCCUGGAUGAAGCCCCCCCGGCACACUGGCUCGAUGGAGCCCAGGGGAUUGUGCUCAUCGGGCUGGGCGGUAUUCUGGUAAAUGACUGGGUGCGCUCCUGUUUGGUUCCGGCCCCGUUUCCUGUUUAUGAGACAGACCUCGCCGUGGACUGCUGGACAAAUGGCUGGCCAGGGGAGAGCUGAUCGGUAGUGUCCACAUCUCAGCCUGCCUAAUGGCGGCCUAGGUCUGUAUUCUUUACGCUGUGAGCAGCCCGGCUGGUUCUCUGGAAGUGUCGAGACGGAAGGAAAUAGCCAACAACUCCUGGUGAGGAUCGGCAGUGGCUACGUGGGACUUCCCCUGCGUGCCGGCUCUGGCUCAGGAUUUCAGACUUCUUCUCCUCAUGGGGCCUGGCCGGCCCUCCAGGCACUUCUCUAGUUAUUCAGGAACGAGGGAAGGGCCUGGAUAAGUCACAGGAACAGGAGCUGCUCUGUGUUUCCGCCCACGUGGGUUAAUAAGCAUUGUGGUCCACCCAGCCCUGGCCCAGCCCAGCCGUCCGCUAACGGGUGGGAGCAGUUGGUUUGGGCCUGCCACGCUCAGCAAGUCUGUGAACCUGGAAGGGGGCUCCAGGCCUCAUCCAGAACACUGGAAAGGAACACCUUUGCACGGAAACGGUUCACCUGUCCC